UUUAGAGAGAGCUCUAUAUCUAUAUCCUCCUCUUUCUCUGUCUUGAAGUUCUUGAAGGUGUUCUGCAAGGUUCCUUUUGAGGAUUUGCUGCAGACAGUGAAGGGAAGAGGCAAAUCAUUAUAUUGAAGUAUAGGACAAGUUUGAAUCAGAUGAAGCCAAGAGAUCGCAAAAUUAUAAAUGCCUGUAGUGCAAUGAAGAGAUUUGGCAUUACACCUGCCAAAACAAAGACAGCACUUAAGACACUUCUGAAAUUGUAUGAAAAUAACUGGGAGCUUAUCGAAGAUGAGAAUUACAAAGUACUUUUUGAUGUUUUGAUGCCAGAGGAACAGAGAGUGGAACCCAAGGGAAAAGAAACUUUGAUUCUUGAAUCGGAGGGAAUGACAACUUCUCACAAAAAAGUUCCAUCAAGUGUCAAAACUGAAGUUUCUGAACUUCCAAUCAAGAGAUUAUUCACAGGACAAGAGGAAAAACAUGCAUCGUCACUCUCCAAAUCUUCCUUGGAUUCAAAUCCAUCAAGAAGAGCACAUCAGAAUGAUGGUGAUUCUGGUGCAUCUCAGCCAUUACUGAGAAGAGCCCGCCUAAUUAGAUGCCAAGAAGAAGCUUUCAUCCGUGAAUCAAAGCGGGAAUUGAAAUCAAAGAACAAAGAAGCUCCACCAGAUAAUAAUACUGAAGUUUUUGAACUUCCAACUAAGAGAUUAUACACAAGACAACAGAAAAAACAGGCAUUGUCCCUAUCCAAAUCAUGCAUGGAAAUACCUCCAUCAAGAAGGGCACAUCAGAGUGAUGAUGAUCUGUUUACAGAUUCUGAAGAAGCUCAACCACUAUUGAAAAGAACCCGCCUAAGAGACCAGGAAGGAGAAGCUAUGAUCUGCGACUCAAAGGGAGUGAUUUAUAAUAACAUCAAAAGUCCAUCAAAUGGUAAAACUGAAGUUGUUGAAGUUCCAACCAAUAGAUACACAAGACAACGAAAAAAGAAGGCAUCCUCUCUCCCCAAAUCUUGCGUGGAAACAAGUCUCUCAACAAUGGCACAUCAGAAUGAUGGUAGUCUGUUUUAUGAUUCUGAAGAAUCUGAAGAAACUCCACUAAUAUCUAGAAGAAAUCAGGGGAGACACCAGAAAAAGAACGUUUUGGUUUCUGGGAAUAAAUUGGUUUCUGGCAUUCCACCGCCAGCCAAAAGUCCCAUUGUGAUAUGUCUAGGUAGUUCUUCAGAUAGUGAUGUUUGUAAUGUUGAUGAAGAAACAUUAGAGGCACUGGAUGAGGAACCAUUGACUGUGGACAACAUAGCUUGUGUUUCAGAUAUGUCACACCACCAUCCGAAGGACGUUUUGGUUUCUGGGAAUAAAUUGGAUUCUGGCAUUCCACCACCAGCCAAAAGUCCCAUUGUGAUAUGUCUAGAGAAUUCUUCAGAUAGUGAUGUUUGUAAUGUUGAUAAAGAAAGAUUGGAGGCACUGGAUGUGGAACCAUUGACUGUGGAUAACAUAGCUUGUGUUUCAGAUAUGUCACAGAUGGAUGAUGAUGAAGACAGGUUGGAGUUACUGAAAGUAGAACCAUUGAUUGUGGACAGCAGAGGUUGUGUUUUAGAUUCGUCACAGGUUGAUGUUGCAUCAUCUCUUUCAAAGGGAGAAGUGAAUAUUUCUCUGACUUGUAACUCUUUCCCACAGUCUGAUAUUCAUUUUCCAUGUAUGGAAGUGGUGGAAGAGAGAGGCAUUAAAUCAUAUUGCAAUCAAGAAUGCUCUUUGGCUAUAGGAACUGAUUCAAUUACUGAUGAAAAUGCAAGGUUCAGAGAGGUGCCCCAGCUACAAAACUCGAAGUCACAAGAUGUUCUUGCCAUAAAAGAUGAUUAUCAAGGCAGUAAUUGCAGUGCUCUAGGAUUUCCUACUGAAGUAUUUGUAUUUCAGAAUCUUAUCAAGAUUGUACCCCAUAUACCCAAACACAUAGAUCCUUGUAGAUUUGGAUGUCUUCACAGUUUAAUCGGUUUUCCAAUUAAGGAUAUUGAGAAUUUUUUUGGUAAAAGUGGAAAAAGAUUAAGGGUUCUCCCAGGCCUGCAAUUCUCUAAGUUACGUAAUGUGGAGGCUGCUGAGAAUUCAGAAGUUGUAAAGUUAUCUGUUUAUGUAGAUAACAUAACUAGAGGUGAAGAAAAUUUGAAAAUUCCCUUGGAAGGUGGAAGAAAUGCUGAAGAUCUGUCGACAUUCUUUUACAUGCCUCAGAAUGUAGUUUAUAAAAAUGCCCAUGUGAAUUUUGCACUUCGUUGUACAUCUAACCAGGCUUGGUGUUCACAUUGUUUCGGGAAUUGUCUCGCAUCACCGGUACCAUGUGCCUGUGCUAUGCAAACUGCGGGUGGGUUUGCGUACGCACCAGGUGGAUCGGUCAAGGAUACUUUUAUGGAAGAAUGUUUGUCAGUGAUCCAGGAACGUAAACAACACCACUACUUCUAUUGUAAAAAAUGCCCUCUUGAAAGUUUUAGGAAGAAAAAGAGUUCUAGCCCAUGCAAAGGCCAUUUAUUACAGAAAUUUGUAAAGGAAUGUUGGUCUAAAUGUGGAUGCAACAAGAACUGUGGGAACCGGAUUAUUCAACAAGGCAUUUCUUUCAAGCUGCAGGUGUUUUUGACACCCGAAGGGAAAGGGUGGGGUCUUCGAACACUGGAGGACUUGCCGAGAGGGGCUUUUGUUUGUGAGUAUGUUGGAGAGAUAGUAACAAUCACAGAACUAUAUGAGCGAAAUAUGCAAAGUGCUGGUAGGAGGCAUACAUACACGGUGCUACUAGAUGCAAACUGGCAUUCAAAGGGUGUCUUGAAAGAUGAAGAGGCACUUUGCUUAGACGCUACAGUUUAUGGAAAUGUUGCAAGGUUUAUCAACCACAGAUGCUCUGAUGCUACCUUGGUUCAGAUCCCUGUUGAAGUGGAGACUCCUGACCAUCACUAUUAUCAUGUUGCCCUUUUCACAACAAGGAAUGUUGCUGCUAUGGAAGAGCUUACUUGGGACUAUGGCAUUGACUUUGAUGACCAUGAUCAUCCCGUGAAGCCAUUUCUCUGUCUUUGUGGAAGCCAAUUCUGUCGUGGCAGUGACUUUAACGUUCAGGCAUGAUGUCUUCUUAAAGACUUAGAGUUGAUUAGGUUUUAUAUUAAAAUCAGUGUUUUCGUAGGCCAGAGAGAUUAUGGUGCUUUAGACACUUGACUUGAAAUUUUAAUGCCUUUUAAGGCACACCAUUUGUUUUGAGAGAAGACAGUUUUGUCAGAAGUAAUUGCGUGGGAAUUUCUUCUGAAAGAUUUCUCUUCUUUGGUUCUAUCUGUUGAACAUGAAUGGGUUAC